AGCCAUGUAAUUCAAUACUAGGUAAUAAUUAAUUGUAGUUUAAUUCAGAAAUGACAAAGUUAACACGAUGUCCAUCAAAUGGAAUCUCAAGACUAUGUUAAAAAUUUGGAAGGAAGUGAGUAUAAUAUUCAAAAUAGCUAAUAUUUAUGAUUAUUAUUACAUUAAUAUGAGUUCCGUUUAAAAAGAAUUACAGAUUUCAAAUUGCAGUGAUCGUGGACUCUAUUAUGAUGGCUCUUGCUAAUGUGAUUUGGGCUACUUUGGAGUUUAAUGUGAAUUGAAACUCGAAGAACUCCAUUUAGCUACCUAUUACACUUUUAUAGGAUUCUUUUUAAUACUCUUUACAAUCCUGCUUCUUUUUACUUUAAAAUAGCUUUAAUUAUCUUUGAAAAUGAAUAAAAUACCUUCCUAUUAGAAGUAUGAAAAUAGAUUCUAAUAUCAAUAGAGGAUGCAAUUAUAUUAAGAAUGUGCUUGGAUCUCCUUUGAAUUGCAUUUUAUGUCUAACCAUUUUAUUCAGUGUUCUUAAGAUUCUAUGGUUAGCUUUGGACCCAUUUUAAUUAUAUGUAUACAUAAUUAAAAUUCUUCAUUUUUAGGAUUACAAAGAGAGGGUAUGUGAAAGAAUUCUGGCAGAAGUUGUUUACACCAUAUUAUUUUAUAUAUAUGGAAUUUUAUUGAUGGUUUGGUAUACCAUGUAUGACGAAAUUUCUUUUAACAUUUCUGAAAAGAAAAAUAAUACUUCAGAAUAAUAAUUAGCCUCCAAGUCAGAGAAUAGAAAAUUCAUUUUAGCUUAUUAUAAAGACAUUAUGAAAAUAAGACUCUUUCUCGUCUUGAUUAUAUAAUUGACGGUAAGUACAUUAAAUGGUAAUUAUUAAGCCUUUAAAUAGGAUUAAGAUUAGGACAACAAUAUAAAACUAUCUUAUAUAUUGCAUAUGUAAUUUUGCUACUGAAUUUCAUGUAAAUUACUUUGAUUCAUAAUAGUUCCUUCAUUUUCGAAUUCCUUCUAUAUGGUAGAUCCUUAAAUUAAUGCAUAGAACAACAACUAAAAAGAUUGGAUUUAGAUAAUAGAGAGUAGGAAAGAGAGGAGAAACUGAAAUUGGCAUCAAAUAAUCAGCAAGUACUCCAAUAAAUAUCUAUAAAAGACUGCUCUAUCAAAAACAUAGUUAAAUAUUUAAUAAGAAGAUCAAUUAUAGUCUCCAGCCACUCCUGAUUAAUAAAUAUUAAGAUUGAGCUCCUUAAGUGCAAGUGAUGAAAGUCAUGAAUAGAGGGAUACAUCAAGAGCCAUCAUAUAAAUUGAAAAAUUUUAACCUCCAUCUUUCUUAAAAAAACAGGUAACUUUCAGAUCACCUCAAAGUAUUCCAACUUAAUAGAAUACUGAAGUGAAAAGGGAAGUCCUAAAAACAUCUAUGAAAACCAUUUUAAGUGAAGAGUCUCAAAACUCUUUACAUGUAGAAGAAGUUUAUAAUCAUUAAAAAGCCAAUUCUUGUUUACUUAACGAGGAGGAUUGUGAUUAAACUGAUUUUAAUUGGAAUAUAAAAAAAGAAAGAGCUAGCGUUAAGAAGAUCAAAAAGUAGUAGAUUAAAAUUGUCGAAAAAAUAAAAUAAUAAGUCAAUGAAACUAAAAGAUAAAAGAAAGCAACAAUCAAAAAUAAUAAUAAUAAAGAUGGUAUUAACUAAGAUUCCUUUCAAAUUGAAGAUGAUAAGAAAAUAAAAAACUAAUUGGCUUAAGUGUAUUAAGCUGAGAUGCUUGCUUAAUAAAAGUAAAUUAGAACUGCUAAUCUAAAUGCAGAUAAGAAAGUACUUUCUAAAAUUUAAAUGCUUAUAUACGUUGGGGUGUUUCUAGAAAUCUGUUUUGGAGCCUUGUCAAUUGUUAUUUUAUUAACGGAUUUAUUAAAAAAACCUGUAGGUUAAUUUGAUAAUUAUUAUAUUAGGUACUAUUUGCUAUUUGUAUAUUUCAGCAAUGCUUCAAUUCUUAUCUCUGAUAACUGUGUUGAAGUUGUUUCGAGAUGUUAAAAGUCAAGAAGUUUUGAAUCUAAUUUGGAUUUAAAAAGUUGGAAACCGAAAAAAUAAGAUUAAUUAAUAAUAUUAUUUUACAAUUCCAUUUGAUUAAACUAGGCAAGAUGAAUCUAAAAGAAAGUUUGAACAAAGAAUUAAUAUGCAUAUAAGAUGA